AUGGCGGCGGACAGAGGACAGGCGACCUCGUCGGUCACCCUCAUCUUCACCGUCAUUGCUACUGUCUUCAUUUUCGCCCGAUUCUUCACACGAAUAUGGCUCAUGAGAUCGAUCAAGAACGACGACUGGUGGAUCCUCGCCGCAUGGCUCGUCGCCGUCGGCUUCUCAACCUCAAUAUGCGUCGGCGUGCGGUACGGGCUGGGCAAGCACCGUGACCACAUCUCCGAUGGCGACUUUGCGUCUCUCCGGGAGGCGCAAUAUGCCCUCGCCAUCCUGUACAACCCGGCGCUGAUGCUGACGAAGACGUCUAUCAUCACAUUCUUCCUUUCGGUUAUGAGCAGGGACGUCGAUAAGGUCUUCAAGUGGUGCAAUUGGCUGACCCUGGCUGUGGUGAACGUGGGAGGCGCCGCCUUUACCUUCUUAGCCAUAUUCCAGUGCAUUCCUGUUGCCGCUGGCUACAAGUUCCCCAUCCCGGACAACGCUCGAUGCACCGAUAUCGUGACACUGUACCUCUCAUCCGCACCUGUCAACAUCAUUACCGACAUCGCCAUCCUCCUCUUGCCCAUGCCCAUCCUCACCAGCAUGCGGCUCCCCAAGAAACAAAAGAUCAUCCUCGUCUUCACCUUCAGCUUUGGUGCCUUUGUCGCUGUGGUCGACGUGGUGCGGCUCGCCUACCUGCAGAACGCCUCCACCGACCGACUCCACGAAGCACAGGCGAACUCCGGCACGCGCAACCCAGGUCAGCUUGACAAUGACUUCUCCUAUGAUGCCAGCUUGAGCUUCAUGUGGAGCGCCGUCGAGGUACACCUAGGCAUCAUCUGCGCCUCUGUUCCCGGCCUGAAGCCACUCUUUCUCCGGUUCUUGCCCUCCUUCAUCAAGGACGCCGCUGAUGACUCGCCGCCGAACACGAGAAACAGCACCGACGCCGGCCAGCCUGACGCCCACACCGGCCCGCUCAAGUCCGGCAAUAUAUCGACACUGAACAAUCCUGCCGCAUUCCGUCGACCCGUCAUCAAGGAGUACGCCGGCAGCGACGACGGCGACAACAUGGGCUUCCUCAACAUGCUGGCCGGGCCGGACGAAGACGCGCAGGGGGGAGGACGAAGUUCGGGCCCGGGCCUCGAAAAGACGCGCACCAACACGCUGCGCCUGACGAGGACCAAUACCCAAGCCACCGUGUCGGAUUUUGGCUUCGUCAAGAUGGCGGGGACCAAGAACAUGCUGAAGCUGAGCAACAAGCAGAGCGUGUGGCCCAUCGCGGUCGUGACCGUCAUCUUCUUCCUGUGGGGGUUCGCGUACGGCCUGCUCGACCAGCUCAACGCGCAGUUCCAGCGCGUCGUCAAAGUCUCGACGUCGCAGGGUUUGGCGUUGCACGCCGCCUACUUCUCGGGCUACCUGGUCGGCCCGCUGAGUCUGGGCCAAUUCAUCCUCAAGCGCUACGGCUUCAAGGCCAGCAUGAUGACGGGUCUGUGCGUGUACGGGUGUGGGACCCUCGUCUUCUGGCCCUCGGCCGUCCUCACCUCGUACACGGCGUUUGUCAUCUCCAACUUCAUCGUCGGCUUCGGCCUGUCGUGCCUGGAGAUCGCCGCCAAUCCCUUCAUCGCCCUGUGCGGGCCCCUCGAGUACGCCGAGGUGCGGCUGAACCUGUCGCAGGCGUUUCAGGCCGUCGGCACCGUCUGCUCCCCGCUGCUAGCCCGCAAGGUGCUCUUUGACCAGACGGCCGCCUCGCCGUCUCUGCUCGACACGCAGUGGGCGUAUCUCGGCAUUGCGUUGUUCGUGUACGCGCUGGCGAUCGCGUUCUACUACAUCCCGCUCCCUGAGGCUACCGACGAGGAGCUCGCCGAGCUCGCCGACCGGCGAGAAGCGGUUUACAAUACCCGAGUCGGGCCCUGGAAAGUCAUCUACGUGACACUCGGCCUGGGCGUCUUCAGCCAGUGGUGUUACGUCGCGCUACAAGAAAGCAUCGGCGGCAACACGCAAACACUAUACCGCGUCCUCAAGCCCAACUCCAGCCUCCAACCCGCCGACUACCAGACGGUCGGCCACACGGUAUUCGCCAUCGGCCGCUUCCUCGCCGCCUUCCUCAACUACGUGCUCAAACCGCGGUGGAUCCUGCUCGUCCUCUACGGCUCCCUCAUCAUCCUCUGCGCCGUACAGAUGACCGCAUCCGGCGCGGGCGGCGCGGCGGCGCAGCUCCUGAUCAUCUUCUUCGAGGCCGGCAUCUUCGCCAUCAUCUUCGCCAUGUGCAUGCGCGGCCUGGGGCGGCACACCAAGACCGGCUCCGCCUUCAUGACGGCCGCCAUCUCGGGCGGCUCGGCGCUGCCGGUCAUCCAGUGGGCGGCGGCCAACGUCGGCGGCAUCAAAUACUCGUACUGCGUGCCCCUCGCCGCCGCGGCUUUUGCCAUGCUGUUCCCGAUCUACCUCAAUCUGGUGCCGGCCGCGAAACGGCAGGUCGAUCCUAUACAUGAACGGCGGCUGGCGCAGCGGGAGAAACGAGCGGCGGCACUACAGCGCUCAGAUACUGCCGUGUCCCGGGCGGCGAGCGUGUCGAAUCAGUUUGGCAUCGUGGGCAUCGUGGCGCGGCACAAGAAGCACAACCGGAGCGCCACUGACGUGCCGAGCUCGGAGCACGUGGAACGGCCGAGGCGGUCGCCGACCCUGGGUGCCUUGUCGGAGAAGGAUGGGGGUCAGAAGACACCGGAACGGGAAAGGGACAGGGAAAAGGAAGAUGCAAUCGUGCAGCUGCAGUCGCCGCAAGGGCUGGUGGGGGACCUGCAGCCGUGGCCUGAUGGGGAAGGAGGUGAGAGCAGCAAUAGCAAUAGCAAUACCACCAGUGGUGGUAGCCAAGAAGAGCAGGAGAGGGCGGUGGUGGCUCGGCAUCGGCCGAUCUGGGAUGAGGACGAUUUCGAUGACUAUCAUGACAUUAUGCGGAAAAUGUGA